AACUUACUCUUUAUUUACAGUUGCAGUUGCAUUUCACACAAAUAUAUUUCAUACUCCACUGCGACCUAAAUGCAUAUUUAACAUAAAUGGAGAUAGAUAAGGAAUUGCCUAAUAAAGAAACGCAAGAACGAAUUUCGUACGACGAGGACCUGCAUGAAACUCCAAGAAAAAGUUUUUUAGACUUGAAUGACGAUUGCUGGAUCGUAAUAUGCGAUUGGUUAUCGUAUGAAGACCUCUUAAAUCUAUCUAAAGUGUCCUCUGCGUAUAAGGAGUUUGUGGGAAAUUGUCUCUUACCGUUCAAAGUAACGAAAUGGGAAAUCAGGUUUUCAAAAAGACGCGAGUGCAUGAAUCUGGAGGACUUUGAUUAUAUUAUUAAAUCCAUCCAUCUUACGGUUAAGGAGCUUCAUUUGUAUUCCCUGCCUGUUACAUAUUUUGAAGCGAUAAAAUCCUAUUGCUUUACAUGUGUUACCGAAGCACAUGUAACCACGGACCAUUACAUGAAUGCCGCAGAUAACGCAGCGCUCACUUCCAUGUUCCCGAAUUUGCGAACCUUUUCGCCGCGUGGCCUUUGUGCCAGUGCGACAAUAGUGCUGUUCCGCCAUUUAGAGAAUUUGACGCUGACCUACUGUCGAAACUUUAGUGUUAAAGAUUUUCGACGUGUACUUGUAUCGCUGCAUUUGAAAUCUUUAACUUUAGAUAUUUUUAAGCCAAACACUUUAAGACAUUCGCGUUUAAAUGCGAUGGAAAGUCCACACUUAAGUAAAAUCGAGCAUAUAACUUUAAAUUGUAGUGAAUUAGACUGGCUAUGUUUUUCUGAUCGUAACAACACAGUUUCGUUUCAAAACCUCAAGGUCUUAGUAUUAAAAGGUCACAUUUUGGGUAAGAAGACAGUUGACAAGUUCUUUAGAAAUAUACAAUCGCUUGUGCCACAUAAUCCAUAUGAAAUAGAGAUGUCCAACAUAAGCUAUGAUCUCCUUUGUAAAAUUAUGGUCCCAGAAAAGAACACUUUUUUGAAAAGCGUGAAAAUACUCAAAUUUAUACAUGCUAAUAUCAGACUGGACGUGUUUGGUGUGCCCUGCAGAUAUCGAGAUCUUAGAGAGCUUUAUUUUCUCUAUUGCUAUGCAGAAUUUUCCGAGGACGUGCUGACAAUUUUGUCAAAUUCUAAACACUUAGACGUACUCAGUUUCGAAAAGUGCUACACGCCAUACAUUAUUCUAUACGAAGAUUUUCUGAAAGAAACUUUAAGAAGGCGUGAAAAGCCAUUAACAUUGAAUUGGUACUCGGAGCAAAACGAUUUAGAAGUACAUUGGGGAAACCAACCACAGGAUAUGCUGAAAUGUACGAAAGAGCCGCAUGUUGCUAGUAAAUUGGACGAUUCGAUGACAAUACUAUUUAAAUGAAAUCUCAUGGAUAAAGAGUAGGAUCCUGCAAUGCGAGAUUGCAUCGAAUUGUACGUCUAAGCAGUAAAGCAUAUAUAUAUAUAUAAUUGGUCGAGCUCCUCCUCCUAUUUGUGGUGUGCGUCUAUAUGUUGUUCCAGUUUCAAGCCGACUCCGAACGGCAGAUAAUUUUAUGAGAAGCUUUUUCAUGGCAGAAAUACACUCGGAGGUUUGCCAUUGCCCGCCGAGGGACGACCGCUACAGGAAAAAUGGUUUUCUUUAUUUUGGUCUUUCACCGAGAUCCGAUCGAACUUACUAUAUGUUCUCUCUGAAUUUCGAAUGGUAGUCACGCACCAAACGAUUCGGCUACGCCGGCCGCAUCAGCAUAAUCAAAGCAACAAAAUACGUGUGCGUAAACCUCGGGUAGCAGCAUCCGUUGCGCAAUUUCUUAAUAGUUAUGAGGCAUCCAUCCACUGCAACAAAAUUUGAAAUUAUGCUAUAAUCAUUUACUGAAAUAAAAUAAAGCUCCGUUAAUACGUAAUGUAUGAGAUUGAUAAGUUAUA